AUGUCGAUGAAGCCUGCAGCGCGUUCCUUGCUGGUCUUGCUGCUUCUUGCAGCAGCAGCAGCUUCUUUUGCUGCAGCAGCAGAAAAUUCUGCUGCUGUUUCCGUUGGAACUCAAGUUGACAUGAGAUCUCAGGCUCUGCAGCAGCAGCAGCAGGAGCAGUCGCCGGUGCUUCUGUCGACUGCCGCUUCCGCCCCUGCAGCAGCAGCGACUGCAGCAGCAGCACCUGCUGCAGCAGCAACUGCAGCAGCAGCAGCAGAAGAUGAAACCGUCUUGCUUGAAAAACAAGAAGAGCCGCAGCAGGAAAAGGCGCGGCGCGCAGCAGGCCCCCGCGUCGCUCUGGGGCUCGGAGUUCUUGCUGCUGCUGCGCUGCUGCUGCUGCUGCAGCUAAAUGGCAAACUUCCCGAAAUCCCGGAUAUUUUUGGGGGCAGCAAAGACUGCGAAGGGGGAGUCUGCAAAACGGCGGAGUGA